UGACGUGUGUGCUCGGAGGUUAAAGACGAUCUUGAUGAUCAUGUUGGUUAUCGCUAGUCUCAUGUACCUGUGGGUUUCCUUGUUAUGUAGUCAGUACAUCGACUAUAGUAAAGAACAAUUAUACGUGUCGACAAUCCUAGCCUGUGCCUUCCUCAAUGGCUGUAUACCUUUACUUUAUGAACAGAUAUGCAAUGCUGCCUUCCCUAUCCCAGAGGGAAUCAUUGUUGGAAUAUCAGCCAUUGUAACAACUCUGGCGGGCGUUCUGUAUACGCUACCACUCUCCCUCAUUGUGUUCAAAGAUAACUCCUGGCUGGAGUGGUCACUACUAGUAGUGUGUGUUGUCGGAUGUAUUGUUAUGCUAAUCACUCCUCAGAGGAACGGACGGGCCGAUCUGGAGGUGUCUAUCCGUGUUAACAAGACCGUUCAUUACGAACGACUCGGAAGAGAACAUCAAGUCUUACUCGUGGCAUCAGAAAAGAAAGUUCCAGAAAACGCUUAAUAUACAGACUUAAAUGAACAUUAUUUAUCACAAAACCGAGAUGUACCUAGAAUCGACAACAUCGAGUCGUUAUAUUCAUUUGAAGGGUAGAGUUGGGAACCCUAGCACAUCGGUUUUUAUUUUCUAUCGUUUUACACCUAACUGCUCUUAAAAUGCCAUUGUUGAUUUACUGUCAAUCUUUCGCUUGAUUUAUUGUUAUCUAAUAUGCACAAUUUAGUUUUGCUUUUAUAUUUGAGCGCAUUGUUUACUUUCUCGUUUUUGCUAAUUUUAU